AGGAAUAAGGAGAGAAACGAGAGUACAUUGCAUUUGUUGUCGUUUUCUUCUUGUUUUGGUUCAUUUUGGAGUUAGUUGGUGUACGACUGGUGCAGUUCGUUGUAGUCUGAAUUUUGCUCGAUGAAGUGCAAAAGGAGAAACGAAAAAGGCAAUGAGCAUUGAAUAUCCGUCCUUAGUUUCGUGGAAACCAAAGAUUUCACAACCCGUACCUAUGUACAAAUGUGAGACGAUGUAUUCCAAAGUUUUCAACACGCGAAGAGACAACUCCCCGUUCAGAUAUAAAGCUUUUGUUGAUAAUGUUCCUUGUUGAUGAUGAGUCCUAGCGUUUCGGCGAGAGUGUACACUCGGUUUAACGCAAAACCUUAAAAUGGCUUCUACGGAGAUCAACGAGUUUCUUUGUGGACCACUUGUCACUUGGUUCAUCAGUUGCCUUGAGGAUCCAAAUGCCUUGACCAAUUACGACGAUCUAGUCGAUGGAGUUUUGUUGCACAAUGUUUUUCUACAAAUCGACCCCGAGCCACUGCACGAUGGUAUAACACCAUCAGGAGGAGACUCCAAAGUAAGAGUAAAAAAUUUGGAAAUCAUAAUUGACAACAUGAGGCAGUUCUACGAAGAGCAGCUGGGUCAUUUGUUGCUCACAGUACCAGAUAUCAUCAAGUUGGGAAGAGAUCCCGAACGUCAUGUCUCGGAGGCGAAAUUGUUGUUGCUGCUUCUGCUGGGCUGUGCCGUGCAGUGUUCCAAUAAAGAAGAUUUCAUCACGAAAAUCAAAAUGUUGAACAUAGACACCCAGCUAGCAAUAGUUGACUGCAUCAAACAAGUGACGGAUUACCAAGAGAUCGUUGUAACCCAGGAGUCCAUGGAAAACGUGAGCAUGGGCAGUGUCUUCAGCAAGGUGAAAAAGCUACUGAAAGAGAGAAAUGCCUACUGGAACAAACUAAAGAGCCUACAGUUGUCCAGCAAUGUCAGUGGUGACUGCGACCUUGACAGAGAUGACAGGGUCGCCGGUGACGGCAGCAUCGACGACACGGCCGAUGAUUCCGCGCUACUUUCACAGAACAGCUCCAUUUCGCAGGGUCGCGAGACCUCCACACCAAAAAAAAUCGGCCUCAGCUCCUCACCUAUGAGUAACAAGCUCGAGCGACUGUUUGGACCAUCGGGUGCAGGCUGCCGGGACGGCAACGUUGGCGGUAGCGAGGAGGCGCACCGCUACGCGGUAGAGUUGGCUGAUUGGAAGUCCAAAGUGCGCAAACAACGUCAGGAGCUCGAGGAGAAGACCGAGGCGUUGAUCGAGACUCGGGAGGAGCUGGAACACACCAAGGCGCUCCUACAAAAGUUGCGCGAAGAAAACCAAGACCUGCUACUCGAGGCGCGCACUGCCAAGUCAUACCGGGACGAGCUGGACGCGGCGAUCGAACGGGCCGAGAAGGCAGACCGACUGGAGGCCGAGGUGGCGCGCUACCGCGAAAAGCUCACUGACAUCGAGUACUACAAAAGCCGCAUCGAAGAGCUUCGCGAGGACAAUCGGGUGCUGCUGGAGACUCGCGAAAUGCUGGAGGAACAGCUGAACGCGGCACGCCGGCGUUCCGAGAAGGUACUAGAACUCGAGUCGGAGCUGCUCAAGUGCGAACAGCGACUCAACGACUUGUCGCUUGAGCGCGUAGCCGAGCGCGACCGCUGCCAAGAGCUCUGUGAGAAAAAUGCUCAGCUGCAACGCCUCAUUCGCACAGUGGCGGCCGAGGCUACUCAGGGCGCCGGAGCCGCGACCCCGGGCUCGGAUUCAGAGUCCGAGGGUCCAGCCGAUGGAACAGGAGGCCGACUCUCGGAGCAGCUGUCCGAAAGUGCCCAAGCUCGAGCCCUCAAACUAGAGCUAGAGAACCGAAGGCUCAACAGCCUCGUGGAAUCGCUCAAAGAGCAGUCGCUUCACGAAGGCUCGGCGCGGCUGCUGGAACUCGAGAAGGAGCGCAAGCGGCUUUCACUGAAGCUGGAUUCUCUGAGCGAAAGCAACGAACGACUGGGCCAGCAAAAUCGCGACCUGGAGGCGCUCUGCAAACAGAGCCUGGAAGAGAAUGGCCGACUGCAAGCGAGCCUGGCGACACAACGUUCCAGCCUCGACAAGCAGCAGCAGGAGCUACAGACGUUGCAGGCGCGACUCCCGGAACUGGAACGUGCGCACGAAGCUGCUCUGGCUCGGGAGCGCCAGCGCUUCGAUGCCGCGGAGCGUCGCGCCGAAGACGCUGAACGUACCUUGGCCAGUCGGGAACGCGAUCUGGAAGUUGUCAAGAAAACCAAGGAGGAGCUCAGCCAAGAGGUGUCCGAAAUUCACGCCGAACUCGAUCGGGAGAGAGAGAGUGCACGUGCCGAGAUGCAGCGGCUUCGCGAACAGCUCGAAAGCAAGGAGGUAGCCCUCGACGAGGCUGGCAACGCCAUCGAGAUUCUAGAGAAGAGGCUCGCCGAGAUCCAACAGGAAGUUGGGGACUCGGCGGCCCAGAUCCUAAGGCUGCGCGAAGUCGAGCGCUCGAGCCGGGAGCUGGACGAGCGCGCGGCCAUAGAUCGCGAGGCCCUCGAAAGUCUCCAAUCGAACCUCGAGGCCGAGAAGCUAAGCAUCCGCCGCGUCUCAACUACCCUCGAGCGACUUGGUCUCGAGCUAGCUGAUGUGCUCGAUUUGUCCGAGGAUACGCUCCUUGAUCGACUUGCCGAAUUGCCGGGGCUGGCUGCACGCGUGCUCGCUCGUCGCGAAGGAGAAACCGAGCACGAGAAAACAGAGGGCGAACACGACGGUGAUGUUAGAGUCGCUGCGCUCCAAGCCACCUCGGAAGCUUUGCUGGCGGAGAAGUCCAGGCUGGAGCUGCAGGUGGCUCGGCUCGAGGCCCAGAGUAACUCGCUGAGUUCCCAGCAGGCGGUCCUACAGCUGGCCAACUCUAGGCUCGAAGCUGACGUCGAGGAGAUGGCGAGCGAGCACGGGGCUCUGCAGCGUGCCCACGCCGAGCUGAGCCACGAUCAGAAGCGGCUGCAGUCGUUGCACGAGCAGUUGGCAUCCGAGUACGAGAGCCUAUCGGGCGAGAAGGAGGGCUUGAAGGUGGGACUGCGCGACGCGAAGAACGAAUCGAGAGUCCUACGUGAAUCCGCGGAACGGCUCGAAUCUCGGUUGAAGGCGCUGCAGGCGGAGCGCGACAGUCUACUAGCUAACGCCAAGAGUCUGGCUAAUCUGCGCCAGGAGCACUCUAAGCUCAAGGAAGACUUCCGCAACUUGUACACCAACACCGAGGGCCUGAAGGCCCAGUACCGCGCCCUGCAGGACGACUACCGCAAGGCCAAGCUCGACAGUAACAAGCUGAGCCUGCGCCAGGCAGAAAUGCAGGGUGAACUCAGCGCCAAGGAUGACCAGCUCGCCAGUCUCGAGCUUCAGCUCGGCAAGCUCGACCAGCGCUGCGAGAUGCUGCUACAAUCGAAUUCGGGUCUCGACAAUGACCGACGCUCCCUGAUGAACCACGUGUCGCUGCUGUUGAACCAGUACCACGAGCUUCUUACGCUUGCCUUUGAAGACAAAGAGCAUUAUCACAUGGAGGAGAAGAUGUACACCGACAGAGUGAACCAUCUCCAUCGGCAGAAGGAGAAACUCGAGGAGAAGAUUAUGGAGCAUUACCGUAACCUAGAGAGCUGCUCCAGCAAGAAGAAGAGCCUCGGUGCCAACCUGGUGCGCCGUGUGUACAAGGCUGGCUCGGGUCUCUUCAACCGAACUGGACGCCGUGCCUCCUGGGGAACCGCAAACUCCAAUCUGCUCUGCGACAACGGCUCGCUCAAUGCCGAGGAUGAAGACGUGAACGCCGACGAGGAGGAGGAAGAGGAGGAGGGUAGAGUCAACGGACGUGGUGACGAGGAUGAUAACGACGCCGGUGACGAGGAUGACGAGGAGGAGGAGGUGGGUCGAACCAGCAGUACAGAACCGGGCAGGCGUGGCUCCGACGAUUCGAGCGCCGAGCCAAGUCUCGAGGCCGGUGACGCGCUGUCGUUGGCCCACCCGGGUACCAGACGUACCGUUUAUUAUACGGACGACACUUCGCCCUCGCUGACGCGCACGACGAGCCAGGAGAAGCGAACCGAGUCGGACGAGCCGACCUCGUAUCAGUCCCAAACGACGCAGUCGCACAGCGAGCCCAGACCACUCCUCAUCUACAACAAGGUAUCUGCCGUCAUCAAUGACACGUCUACGAUAACGACCACGCCAGUAUCAAAAAAGAGCAUGGACGACCCAAAAAAUCUCGAGAAGGACCUGCUCGACUCCUCCAACGAGAAGGACCGCAAAACCGCCAAUUCGGUUUGGUACGAGUACGGAUGCGUCUGAUUCCGACUCUAUUUAUUCCACAUGAUACACUUUAAACGACUAUCGCCGCUAACGAGCCACAUUUAACUUUUGACUCUCGAUUCGCGUUGAUUUUUACUACGAUGUCGCGCUCCAUCAACUCUUGAAAUUCCACCUGCGCUUUUUUUUUAUUUAUUUCUCAUAAAAAAAAAAAAAAAAAAAAAAA